CAAUUGUAAAACUCGGCUAGUUUCGGUGCCGCCCUCCUCCCAGCCCGGUAUAAAUACUGUGACGCAACGUUUCCAACAACAAACGCUCCUAACACUCUUGCACAGACACACAGAGAAAGCAUUCAAAGCACAGGACUGCUGUCAGGCUUUUCCUCACCGGGAUUCAGUUUGGACUUGCAAACAUGAUUCCAGAGGAGAGCUUUGCGUCCAUCGAGAACAGGAUGCAGUCUGUGGGUCUGGCUCUGGAGGAGUUGCUAGUGACGGCUCAGAAACAAGACUGCCUGACCGUUGGCAUUUAUGAAUCAGCUAAACUCCUUAACGCAGACCCGGACAGCGUGGUUUUGUGUGUUCUGGCAACCGAUGAUGCAGACGAUGUGGCGCUGCAGAUCCACUUCACCCUGCUGCAGUCCUUCUGCUGCGACAGUGGCAUUACCAUCCUGAGAGUCUCAGGAGUUCAGCGGCUCCAUCAGCUGCUGGGUGCCAUGGAUGCCAACAGAAACCAGGAAGAGAACGGAGACCUCCACUGCAUGCUGGUUACGAACCCCCAGGCCGACCACUGCAGGCUACAAGAGGUGGGAACCUAUUGCCAGGAGAGUCGACGCCUUGACCAGUGGGUGCCUGAACUGGUCCUGCAGGAACGCUGAAGGGUCCGGCACCAGCAUGCACCAACAAACACAGGAGCUUUCUGGGUUCUGAUGAACUGAAGGGUCCGUUGUUGCUCAUGCAGGGAUGUCCUGGAGCGGACUGGGACGGGCUGUCCUGACUGAUGACAUGCAGGAACCAAGGACCUCCUCUCAGUAUCAGAGUGGAGAACGGUUUACAAAAUCUGCUUUGUGCACAAAGACACAGACAGAAAGGCAGAUUCACAUCCAGGUCACAUUGUUUUUACAUUGUCAGCUUCUAUUUUGUGCUUCUGUUUGAUGUUUAUGGGGUGUGACAGUCAAUACCAGGAGUAGCAGCAUCGACAGAAAGUGUCCACACCCCGACUUAUACCUGGAAGACCUGUGUGUUUGGACUGGACUGGACAGGAAUGCUGUAAUGAAACUAUGCCCAACAUUCCUGUGUUUUCUGUCACGGGAGAGUCCUUGGAGAAAAGGCGUGUAUGAAUGUGUGGUAUGCGUGGUACAAUACUUGUGUCUUUCUUUAGAUAAGACUGGGCGGGCGGCGUGUGCGUUCUUGAAAUGAACAGCUGAACCUGCGGAAGAAUCAUCACCAUGGAAACUGAAAUGGAAAUGAUGUUCUAGUUAAAGUUGCACAGGAUGUAUUGACAUUUCAGGACAAAAAAAUCUAAAGAGAGGGGGUGCAAAGGACGUGAUGUUUUUGGUCAGAGGAUGAUAAAGAAUGAGCAGAAUAAUGAACUGUGUGUGAUCUGAUGGAAAAUGUCGGCUGUAAAUUCUAAUCGUGCAAAAGAAACCACAGUCAGUAUCUUUGUGCCUUCAGGAGUGCUGCUUUUUUGAUCAAAUGCUGUUAAAAUGAUUU